AUGAACAAACUCUCCAUGCUCAAUUCAUUCUUGUUCGUCCUUCUAUUCCUAACAGCAAUAUCAACCCCAACUAAUGGCUCAAAAAACGAAACCAUUACCAAUACUGACCUCACACACAUUAAGCGCCCGUUAGUCAUCUUGGUCACCGAUGACAUCAUCCGCAACAUUUGCUACCAAACAAAGGACUUCAACCUCUGCCAACACAUCCUGCACGAGUUCAGGGGAAGAACCCUCUUUCCCGAGCCCCUGGCCCGCAUUCUCUCGACCGAGAUGGAGCUCAUCAAGUCAACCCUCAGGAAAAUCGUGUGGGCCCAAGAAAGCACGCGUGACCCAAACAAUUUUUCGGCACUGAGGCAGGUUUACAACAAAUGUCUGAACGAGUACACUCUGGCAAUGGACCUGCUGAUUAGAGCUGAAAGGAGCGUGCGAAUUGUUAAAGUGAAACAGGUGAGAGAGCUUGCUAAGGGUGCCUCCUCAGCAGUCGAUUCGUGCAACCAGGCGCUGACUAGGCAGUGGCAGGACAGGUCGGGACUGUCGGAGGAUAAUCAGAAGUUUUACAACCUUAAUGGCAUCUUGUUGGUCAUAUGUAAUGCCUUGAAGGGCAGGAAGUAG